ACUCCAUUUGUCAACGUCCUACACACAGUGAACAUUUUGCGUCUUUCUCUUGUAUAUUGUACCGAGUUCCUGGACCGUCGCCGUCUUCGGAAGUGACGAAAGGCGAAAAGCCCAAGAAGGCCUCCGCCCGCCUGAUCGCCUCUCUGCUCUAGUUGCUACUCCUGCUGCUACAGUGCUGCCCCUCUCGCUCUGACUUGUGAAAAGUCCUGAGGAUACAAGGUAGUAAGCGGCAUCUCGUCUCGUCUCCCCAGUCCCCACCCCGAGAUCGCUCGUCGCCGCCGCCGUCUCUUUACUGAACAGGGAUUCCCUCGCGGACCGCGGCCCGACCGCCUCCCCGAAGCUAGGGUUCGAGGGAGGUUAUGCCGGCGCUGUCGCAGGCACGGAUCCGGGCGGCGUGACGCGGAUCCGCCGGACGCUGGCAGGGUCGGCCAUGGCGUCCUCCCCAGUCAAGUUCUUCUCGGUGUUCCUGGCCGUCUCCGUCGUCGGAUGGAUCGUCUUCACGUUUGCUUCAAGAUUGUUAGCUUGGUUCUUGAGCCGUGUAUUCUCUGCUUCUGUCGGAUUUCGAGUUGCUGGUUUCAACUGUUUGAGGGAUGUAACAAUAAAGUUCUGUAAGGGUUCAGUUGAAUCUGUUUCGAUUGGUGAAAUAAAACUAAGUUUCCGCAAGUCUCUAGUCAAACUAAGUUUUGGUGUUAUCUCAAAAGACCCGAAGUUGCAAUUGCUUAUAAAUGAUCUCGAAAUUGUAACUAGAUCAUCUUCUGAAAAUAAAAAGAUACGAAAGUCAGCAAAGCCUCGCUCUACAGGAAAAGGGAAAUGGCUGGUUACAUCAAGCAUGGCAAGACUUUUAUCAGUUUCCGUGACAGAUCUGAUAAUCAAGGUACCGAAAGGCGCUCUUGACAUCAAAGAACUAACGGUGGAUACAUUUAAAAUUGCUGGGCCUAAUCAUACUCUUGGUGUCAAGUUGCAUCUUUUACCUUUGAAUAUACUCCUUGGAGAUUUGGGAUUGACUACUGAUCCAAUGGGCAGUUGUAGUCUGUUUGAUGCUUUCCAGUCUGAUCAAGCUUCUGUAUCUAACUCAGAGAAAAGCUUGGCCCCAUUUGUUUGUGAAGAUUUGUUGGUUACUUGUAACCUUGGCCAUGAAAAGUGAGUUUCUCUUCUGCUCUUGGCAACUGAUAUAUUCAGGGAGAAAGGUAUUAAAAUCAUUAACCUGGAAUUGAAAUGUGGGUAUGCUAUUGCCAACAUUGAUGAAAGGAUGUUUCACAAGAAGCGCACGAUUCCAGAAUAUAACACUGUCUCUUUGAACACCGGAGAUUCUAUCACAGAUACUUCAGCGCUCAAACAAACAUCGAAAAGCAAAUCUAUUCUACCGCUGUUAAAGAAACACAUGCUCACAUUUCCAGAUAAGGUUAGCUUCAGUGUGCCGAAGCUUGAUGUGAAGUUCAGACACCUGCAUGAAGGACUUAGUGUUGACAACAACAUUACAGGGAUCCAGUUUACUUGUGCAAAAUCCCUACCACAAGAUGAUUUUGAAGAAGCGACACCACACUUCGAUGUUCAAAUUGAUCUUAGCGAAAUUCAUUUAAUUAGAGAAGGUUCUAGUUCUCUGUUGGAAGUUCUGAAAGUUUUUACAAUAGCUUCUUUGGAUGUCCCUGUUGACCCAUUUCUUCCAAUCAGAGCUGAGAUUGAUGCCAAGCUUGGUGGUACCCAAUGCAAUAUUAUGUUAAGCAGACUGAUGCCAUGGAUGCGGCUUCAUUCUUUGAGAACCAAAGGAAUGAAACUUUCUAAAAGAAACUCCAAUCAAGAAAUUUCUCAAAAAAAGGAGAUGAAGCCAAUUUUGUGGACUUGCACGGUCGCUGCCCCAGAAAUGACUGUCUUGCUUUACAGUCUAAAUGGAUUGGUCUUGUACCAUGCUUGUUCCCAGUCAUCACAUUUGUUUGCAAAUAAUAUUGCAAGCAAGGGGAUUCAGAUACACACAGAACUUGGUGAAUUGCUGGUGCACAUGGAGGAGGAAUAUAGAGAGUUAUUAAAGGAAAACAUAUUUGGUGUGGAUACUUACUCUGGUUCCCUAAUGCAUAUUGCUCGGAUGAGCCUUGAUUGGGGAUAUAGGGAAAGUGAUGUCCAAGAUAUGGUUGAAACUAGCAGGAAUGCACUUGUUUUUUCGAUUGAUAUAAGUGAUAUGGAAGUGAAAUUUGGCUUCAAGCAUUUGGAAUCAAUUGUGCUUAAUUUGAUGUCGUUUAGGACUCUAUUUAAGAGUCUCCAGCUAUCUGGCGGAAGUGCUAAAGAAAAGAAUUUGGAGCGUAAAGGGGAGAAGAAAAUGAAAGGUGUGAAGAAACUGAAAUUAAGCCUACAAAAAUUCUCUAUUACAUACUGUGGUGAUGCAAACAUAAUAAGUAUGCCAAUUGCUGAUCCAAAGCGUGUGAACUACGGCUCUCAAGGUGGUCAAGUAAUUGUUAGUGUUUCUGCUGAUGGCACACCACGUAGGGCAAGUAUAACAUCAGUUUUACCAGACUGCCACUUGCGGUUCUCCGCAUCUUUGGUAAUAUCUCAUCUCUCUAUGUGUAUAGACAAGGAGAGAAAGACAACAGAAGCGGAAUUGGAACGGGUGAAGGCAAUCUAUGAGGAAUUACCUGAGGAUCGCUCUGGUGUCAGAGUAACUUUACUAGAUAUGCAGAAUGCUAAAAUUGUUCGCCGAUCCAGUGGUCAUGCGGAAGUUGCUGUUUGUUCCCUCUUUAGUGCUACUGAUAUUUAUUUGAGAUGGGAACCUGAUGCUCAUUUAGCACUAUAUGAGACAUUCAUCCGCUUUAAGCAUUUCCUACAUCAUAAUGUGUCCCAAAAUUCUGAAAAGAUGAUUAAUACUGAAGUUGCAAGUACCAAAUCAAAUGAACAUGGCAACAUAACUGCCGGUUUCAUUAAUUCUCAGAAAUCCAACAGAAAAGGGUCAAUUUUUGCCAUUGAUGUGGACAUGUUAAGGGUAUCUGCUGAACUUGCUGAUGGUGUUGAAGCAAACAUGCAUGUACAGUCAAUCUUUACUGAAAAUGCCAAGAUAGGUGUACUGUCUGAAGGUCUUUCUCUUACUUUUAAUGGCGCUAGAGUUCUAAAGAGCACCCGUAUACAAAUAUCCUGUAUACCUUUCAGCACUGGGAGUUUACUUGAUGCAAAGAUUGAACCAUCAUCCAAAAGAGACUGGGUUGUUCAAGGUCUAGAUGUCCAUAUUUGCAUGCCUUACAGGUUGCCAUUGCGUGCCAUAGAAGAUGCUGUUGAAGAUAUGUUUCGUGCCCUUAAGCUUGUCUCAUCUGCCAAAAGAAGUAUAAUCUGUCCUGAUGAAAAGGAAAAAUCUAGAAAGGUUAAUUCUGGGGGAUCCAAAUUUGGAUCUGUGAAAUUUGUAUUGCGUAAAUUGACAGCAGAUAUAGAGGAAGAGCCCAUCCAAGGUUGGCUCGAUGAACAUUACCAUUUGAUGAGGAACAAAAUCUGUGAGCUAGGUGUUAGGUUGAAUUAUCUUGAGGAAGCUAUAUCAGGAAGUGUAGAUCCGAGCAAUCACAGCUCUGAGAGAAAAGUUCUCUACAAUGGUGUUGAAGUUGACAUUCAUGACACCACAGCUCUUCAAAAGUUGCAGGAAGAAAUCCAUAAGCAAGCAUUUCGAUCAUAUUAUGUGUCUUGUCAGAACAUGGUACUUGCAGAAGGGUCAGGAGCGUGCUCAGAAGGUUUUCAAGCUGGAUUCAGACAAAGCUCGCGAAGAGCUUCUCUUCUUUCACUUUCUGCUUCCGAUCUGGAUGUUACUUUGACCAGGAUAGAUGGUGGAGAGAUAGAAAUGGUUGAAUUUAUAAAGGGGCUUGACCCUGUCUGUCAGGAGCAAAACAUACCAUUUUCUCGGUUGUAUGGUAGUGAUGUUUCUGUCGUUGCUGGGUCCUUGGUUGUACAGCUAAGAGACUAUACUUCUCCUCUGUUCUCUUCACUCAGUGGGAAAUGUCAAGGCCGUAUUGUGCUUGCUCAGCAGGCAACAUGUUUUCAACCCCAAAUACACCAAGAGUUGUAUAUUGGAAGAUGGCAAAAGGUCACGAUGCUACGUUCUGCCAGUGGUACUACGCCAGCAAUGAAAAUGUACUCUAAUUUACCUAUUUAUUUCCAGAAGGGAGAGAUAUCUUUUGGAGUUGGUUAUGAGCCAUCUUUCGCUGAUAUAAGCUAUGCAUUUCAAGUAGCCCUGCGGAAAGUUAACCUUAGCACUAGAGCAAGCUGUUCUGGUCUAGCAGUCCAACUGCCUAAAAAGGAGCGCAGCUUACCAUGGUGGGAUGACAUGAGAUACUACUUGCAUGGAAAGAUAAUUUUAUAUUUCAAUGAGACCAAAUGGAAGUUCCUGGCAACAACUAAUCCUUAUGAGCAUGUGGAUAAACUCCAAAUUGUCUCUGAAUACAUGGAGAUCCAGCAAACUGAUGGUCGUGUGGAUGUUUCUGCGAAAGAAUUCAAGAUAUACAUAAGCAGCGUAGAGAGUAUUACAAAGAACCGCCGCAUAAAAGUUCCAUCUCGUGUGCCCAGACCUUUUAUAUAUGCUCCUCUAUUCUCCCUAAAUGUGGUUAUUGAUUGGCAGUGCGAAUCUAGGAAUCCAUUGAAUCAUUAUUUGCAUGCACUCCCUGUUGAGGGGGAACCUCGGAAGAAAGUUUAUGAUCCAUUUCGAUCUACUUAUCUCUCUCUUAGGUGGAACUUCUCCCUCAGACCAUUGCAAUCCCAGUAUGGUAAUGGCCCACCACCUCCCUUUUAUGGAAAUAAUUCAAUGCUCCGUGGGAUCAUGUCUGGUAGUCCUUGCAAAAUGACUGAUGAUGACUUCCCUACCAUGAACCUGGGAGCUCAUGACCUUGCUUGGGUUUUCAAAUGGUGGAGCUUGAAUUACAGCCCCCCUCACAAACUUCGUUCCUUCUCUAGAUGGCGUCGUUUUGGAAUUCCUCGGGCUACUAGAUCUGGUAACCUCUCGCUGGACAAAGUUUUGGUUGAAUUCUUUUUCCGUGUUGAUGCUACUCCCUGUUGCAUAAGGCAUGCACCUUUAAGUGAGGAUGAUGACCCUGCUUUUGGUUUGACGUUUAAGAUGUCAAAUUUGAAGUACGAGUUAUGUUACAGUCGAGGUAAACAACAGUACACAUUUGAUUGUAAACGUGAAUCACUGGACCUUGUUUAUCGUGGUCUGGAUCUUCACAGGCCGGAGGUUUAUUUGAUGCGAGAUAACAAUUUGUCUUCAGUUGAAAAUGUAUCCAAAGUAAGGACUAUGGUCCAACAGUCACAUGGAAAAUUUGUUCAUGACAGAUGCAACAUGGGUAAUUUCCAAGAAAAGCAUGAGGAUGGCUUCCUCUUGUCUUCAGAUUAUAUCACGAUAAGAAGGCAAACACGUAAAGCAGAUCCUGAAAGACUUAUGGGAUGGCAGGAUACUGGGAGGAGUCAUGAGAUAACAUAUGUUAGGUCUGAGUUUGAGGAUGACAGUGAAAGUGACCACACUCUAUCUGAGCCUAGCGACGACGACGAUGAUUUUAAUGUGGUGCUUGCUGACAAUUGCCAAAGAGUAUUUGUUUAUGGCCUUAGGAUUUUAUGGACUAUUGAGAAUCGAGACGCGGUUUGGUCGUGGGUUGGAGGAAUUUCCAAAGCAUUUGAGCCUCCAAAACCCUCUCCUUCACGACAAUAUGCACAAAGAAAGAUGAUUGAAGAAAGGAAUGCUGAGGGCUCCAAGGUGCCGCAAGAUUCCAGCUCUUCCAUACAUGUGGGUUCUCCAUCAGUGCAACAUCUGGAUGCUUCGGGUUCAUCUUCCUCGUUGCAUAGUAAAGCCAAUCGCUCCUCUGAUGUGGCUGUAAAUCAUGACAUUUUUGAUGAUUCGGAUAAAGGAGGGACAGCCCAAUAUAUGGUUAAUGUUAUUACACCCCAAUUCAACCUACACUCUGAAGAAGCAAAUGGAAGGUUUCUACUUGCUGCAGCCAGUGGUCGUGUACUGGCUCGUUCAUUUCAUUCAGUUGUUCAUCUUGGGAAAGAAAUACUAGAACAAGCACUUGGAACAAGCAGUGCACAGAUUCUUGAGUUACAACCUGAAAUGACCUGGAACAAGUCGGAACUCUCGGUGAUGCUUAAAGAUGUUCAAGCUCAUGUAGCCCCCACUGAUGUGGAUCCUGGUGCUGGUCUACAGUGGCUCCCUAAGGUUCUGGGUAGCUCUGAGAAAUUGAAGCGCACAGGUGCCUUGUUAGAGAGAGUGUUUAUGCCUUGUCAAAUGUAUUUCCGUUACACUAGACACAAGGGUGGAACUGCAGACUUGAGGGUUAAACCACUGAAGGAGCUACGCUUUAACUCUCCAGACAUUACUGCAACGAUGACCUCUCGCCAGUUUCAAGUUAUGUUUGACGUGCUUAGAAAUCUUCUAUUCGCAAGACUUCCCAAGCCUAGGAAAAACAGUCUUCAGUAUCCAUCAGAUGAUGAAGAUAUUGAAGAAGAGGCUGACGAGGUAGUACCUGAUGGAGUUGAAGAAGUGGAGCUUGCGAAAAUUACACUCGAACAGAGGGAAAGGGAAAUUAAGUUACUGCUUGAUGAUAUAAGGUCUCUCACUGGAAAUGGUGAUAAUGGGACCGAUCACUGUCAUUCUGCAGAAAAAGGUGAUUGUUUAUGGAUGAUCAACAGCGGGAAAGCUUCAUUGGUGGAAGGACUGAAAAGGGAUUUCGCAAACCUACAAAAGUCUAGAAUAUUUGCAUCAUCAGCAUUGAGGAAAGCACUUUCAAAUGCUUCACAAUCACAUUUGGAGAAAGAAAAGAACAAAACCACUUCUUGUGCCAUGCGGAUUUCUAUGAAAAUUAGCAAGGUUGUAUGGAGCAUGCUCGCAGAUGGAAACACUUUUGCAGAAGCUGAGAUCAAUGAUAUGGUGUAUGAUUUUGAUCGGGAUUACAAAGAUAUAGGCAUUGCCCUGUUUACAACUAAAUACUUUGUUGUGCGGAAUUGCAUGGUUAAUGCGAAAUGUGACACCUUAUUGUCUGCCUGGAACACACCUCCUGGAAAAAUUAACAUGCUUCGUGUGGAUGCCAAGCAAGGUGCUCCUAAGGAUGGAAGUUCUCCACUUGAGCUCUUCCAGGUGGAGAUCUACCCACUGAGAAUAUAUCUAUCUGAAGCAAUGUAUAGAAUGAUGUGGGAUUACUUCUUCCCUGAAGAAGACGAUUCACAACGAAGACAGGAAGUUUGGAGAGUUUCAACAUCAACCGGGCCUAGAAGAACAAGAAGGCUCUCUUCUGGUGUCGAUGCUGUUACUUCUAGCAGCUAUUCUGUCAGAGAUCAUGAACUUCCUGGGAAAUCAAGUACAACUGUAUCUACAUCAACAAAUGUUUCAAGUUGGCAAGGUAUACUCAGCGAUAACUCACAGGUGUCAAAGUUUCAGAGUAUAAAAGCAAAUAUGGUAUGUGGUUCGCAUCAAGAGUUGCACCGGUCGUCUUCAUUUGAAAGGAAUUGGGAAGAAAGCGCUGCAGAAAGUGUUGCAAGUAAUGAUGUGGUAUCACUCCUGAAUUCUUCAAUUGUUUCUUCAAAAGUAGAUGCUAGCAAUUCUGUCUUAGAGAACCCUGUUGUGGGAAGUGAGAUGUGGAGAAGUAAAACGAAAGAUUCUAAGCCUGCCAAGUCUGGACGUCUAUCUCACGAAGAAAAGAAGCUUGGGAAGUCUAAUGAUGAAAAGAAGACAAAACCUCGGAAGUCAAUGGAAUUUCAUAACAUCAAGAUUGGCAAGGUUGAACUUCUUGUUACAUACGAGGGAUCAAGGCUUGCUAUUAAUGACCUAAGGUUGCUUAUGGAUACUUUCCACAAGGCAGAAUUUACUGGUACAUGGAGGCGACUAUUCUCUAGAGUCAAAAAACAUAUCAUCUGGGGAGUUUUGAAGUCGGUAACCGGAAUGCAGGGGAAGAAGUUUAGCAACCAUAGGGAAACACUUGAGGGUUCUAUUCCUGAAAAUGAUCUUAACUUGAGUGACAGUGAUGUUGGUCAACCUGGAAGACAUGAUCAAUUAACAGCUUCAUGGUUGAAGAGGCCAGGCGAUGGUGCAGGUGAUGGAUUUGUCACGUCAAUUAGGGGGCUUUUCAAUACACAGCGCCGUAAAGCGAAGGCCUUUGUGAUUCGGACAAUGCGCGGUGAAGGGCAUAAUGACGAAUAUCAAGACGAAUGGAGCGAGAGCGAUGGUGAAUACCCUUUUGCGAGGCAGCUUACAAUUACAAAGGCCAAGAAGCUCAUACGAAGGAAGUUCCGUCCAAGGGUGCAAAAGAACCCAGGUCUGUCGAUGCAAGAUUCACUCCCAUCUAGUCCGCGGGAAACAACUCCAUAUCAAAGUGACUCCUCCAGGUCAUCUUACGAGGACUUCCAUGAGCAGUAAAACAAUCUGGUGAUGCUGCUUUCAGCUUCUACAUUUGGUCGAUAAGAUGCAGCCAUUUAUAUUGGUUAUAGUAGGGUGUAUGUAUAUAGUAGGAUGUACCAUCAAAAUCCAAUGUAUCAUGUAUAGUGGUUAGGCAAUACUCCGUAAUUAUGUGCUUGUAAGUUAAUAAGAGGCCAGCUCGUACUCCUAGAAAACAAAACCCGUGAUCUAUGGCAUGGGGCAUUCUCAUUCCCUUGUACUUCAGGACUAGUAUGGAUUGUAAAUUCAACGGUGAAGGUGUUGCAACAUUUAUUCAGUAAAGUAUCCUUGUUGAAGAAUUUGUAAAAACUAUGGCAGAAACAAUAGGGAAGGAGCAAGUGACUAGGUGCCUAGGUGUAUUAUGAUUCUUUUGCUGACUAGUUGGAAGUUAGAAAUGCAUUGCUCCACGUCAAAAAGAAAUGCGUGGCAGACAAGGUUGUUGCUU